CGGCCUCGUUUCGAGAGAAGAAGACUCGGCUUUCGAGAGAAGACCCUGCGGUGUCGGCCGGCGCGCGUCCCGAUGGGUUCCGAGGGGGCGACGAGCAGGCGGAGGAUCCUCGACUACCUCAACGACGGCGAGGAGCUCGGGGUCGAGGGCCCGUCGACGCCGAGGGCGGUGGCGACGGCCAGGUCGCUGCUGCCCAGGUUCCGGUGGACGCGGAUGGCCAGGCUCGGCCGGAAGUGUGGCGGCGCUUGCGGCGUCAAGGGACGGCCGCCGCAGCAGCCGGAGAAGCAGGAGAUUGAGGCGGAGAUUCUGGUGAUCGAGCAGGGCGACGAGCUCAACGACUUGUCGGCUGACACAGCGUGCGCGACCUCCUCGGGCAGCGGCGCCGUCCGCGGCGGCGAGACGCGGGCAGUGGAUCUCGGAGUCGGGCUGGGCCUGGUGUUCCUCCUCGCCAAGACGUCCGACGAGUUCAGCAAGAUGGCCAAGGUGCGGGCCGAGAUGGAGGCGCUGCUGGCGGAGUUCAAGGGCCACGUCAUCGCCAACACCGCCGACGCUGAAGACGUGUCCAGACCCCGCAACCUCGACGACUCCGCCGCGUCCAGCUGCCUCACGGACGCGAACGAGGCGCAGCCCGCCACUGAUCGCUCGGACGAGAACCAUCGUCGUCGUGGCGAUCACCAGGUCGCGGCGUGCUCCGGCAAGGGGGUGGAGGUGGAGGUGCAGAGCCGGAGGAGGUCGACGGAGGACGUGCUGGAGGAGGAGUUCCACGCCGAGCUCGAGCGGCUGCACGUCCACUACGGCUCGGACACGCCGCCUUUUCCGCCGGGAGAGGAGCGCGACGGCGCGGGGGAGUCAUCGGACGACGACGACGACGACAUUGCUGCUGACUACCGGCAGGGAUUCGCGGAAGACGACGACCACGGCCACGAUGAAGACGACGACGAUGAUGACGAUGCUGCUAGAUACCGCGGGGUGUCGGCGGUCGAGCUGGAGAGGAGGCUGCACGAGCUGCUCCACCAGCGGAACCAGGAGCGGAUCGAGGAGCUGGAGGCCGCGCUGCGGCGCGCCGAGAGGAGGCUCUUCGACAAGGAGAUGGAGGCGUCGCUGUGGAAGGACACGGCGAAGAUGGCGCUGCGGCAAGACGACGACGACGAGCUGCAAUGAGGGCAUUGAGGCAGGAAUUCGUAUAGGCUGUACAUGAUUACAGAUGAAGUCGUGAAGGCGAAUUUUGGGACCUGAUGCUUGAAGGGGACAAUGAAUGGUAGCUUCGGAAGAUCGACUAUAGAAUGGGCCUUCAGUGGAGCAUGGUACUACUGUAGUUCGUAGCUAUACUACUUGUUAGCAGUUAUAGCGAAGCUGUUCAUACUCCGCCAAAGUUCAGACUUAGCACUGUAGGUUACAUCAGAACGAUUCGGAAUAGGAUCUUCAGUUAGUCUGACUUGUUUCCAGGAUCCAUAUAAUGUGACUUCGGUAGUGGGAGUUCAUGCAUAGCA